AUGCCGCCCACACUAAAUACAAGGCGGCGAAAUCUUCUAAAUCAGAUCAAAAUCACGAAUAAUAGAAUUUACGACAGCAUACCCGAGGGAAAACGCCGACGGGCAGCCUCGACACGCGAACCUGAGCGAGUAUUUCGGUCUUCUCGGAGUUCUGGAAAACCCAUCGAGGUCAAGGCUCUACCGCGCCGAAAAACACAAUCUGCUCCUACCGUUGUACCCCAGAAUGGUACUACUUUGCGGCGAAUCGGGAGGCCGCGCUUGUUUUCUGUGACGGUGCUUGAAAAGAACCCAGAUCGCUAUAUUCUCAAAAUCAAGUACAACAGACGGAAUCGCAUGGCCCGUCGACUCUUGGGGACUAAAAACCAACCGAAACCAGAACCCGAAAAAGCAUCGUAUGCUCCGAGCAUCCAAACUAGCAAGAGGAAACGUGGCCGCCCUCCUAUUACUAAGCCCCCUCCAGUGUUGGAGGACAUUGCACCUGAAGAACCAGACUUGGAUGUGCUUGAAACAAGCAUAGAUCUGGAGCUUCCAUAUAAAGGUGUUCUUCCAUUUCCUGACUGCACGAUCAAUCUGACAGAUCCCACCCCGUUGGAUAGAGAAAUGUUUGCCCAGUUCCAACUAGAAGGUGAAAGAAGAAAACGCGAACAAGAAGAUGCUAUUCUCCAACUACGAGAUGAUGACACAGAACAGAAAGAGUCGAACAAUUCGACGCCUAUGCCUCAACUGUAUUACUACCAGAAGUCACGGAUCGAAAAAAUUCAGUUUCGCGAGUUCGUAAUAGAUACGUGGUACUCGUCACCAUACCCCGAAGAAUAUUCACAAAGCCAGAUCUUGUAUAUUUGUGAACAUUGCUUGAAGUACAUGAAAUCGCCCAUGUCCUAUGACAGACACCAGCUAAAAAUUUGCACAAUCGCAAACAAUCAUCCCCCAGGAGUGGAAAUUUAUCGCGACUCAGAGGCGAAAAUCGCCAUAUGGGAGGUCGAUGGUCGGAAGAACAUUGAGUAUUGCCAGAACCUUUGCCUUUUGGCUAAGCUCUUUUUGAAUUCGAAAACGCUAUACUACGAUGUUGAACCUUUUCUCUUCUAUAUUCUUACAGAGAUCGACGAUCAUGACCCGCUGAUAUAUCAUUUUGUGGGAUAUUUCUCCAAAGAAAAAUUGAAUAAUUCGGAUUAUAAUGUCAGUUGCAUCGUUACUCUUCCAAUCUACCAACGGAAAGGUUAUGGCAGCCUAUUGAUAGAUUUUAGCUACAUGCUUUCCCGCAGCGAGUUCAAAUUUGGAACUCCAGAAAAGCCUCUCAGUGACUUGGGACUUCUCAGUUAUAGGGCAUACUGGAAAGUUACAAUAGCAUAUGUUCUAAGAGAUCUUCAUAACAAGUAUUUGUCACAGAGCAAUGACAAUAAUAUCAUGCUAUCGAUUGAGAUUUUGUCCAAACUUACAGGAAUGAAACCGUCUGAUGUUGUCGUUGGGCUUGAACAAUUGAAUGCUCUCGUAAAAAGUGUCGAAACUGGAGGAUACGCGAUUGUCAUCAAUUUGCCAGUGAUUGACAAAGUCAUUGCAAAACAAGAAAAGAAAGGCUAUAUCAAGCUCAAGCAACAAAAUCUUCAAUGGAAGCCAUUAAUUUAUGGCCCAUCUGGAGGAAUUAACUCCGCACCAGCAUAUUUAGCUCUGGCGGGGAAUACCGGCGCUGCCUCGCAAGCGUCGCAACCUAUACCAAUAAGCAAUAGCAUUUCCAUGAUUUCAGAAUUUUUGAAAGACGAUAUCAAUAAUCCUUACACAUACGAAGAAGAAGCAUACAAAGAAAUCGAUCUGCUCACAUCUGGGGAAGUCAAAGACAAUCUCAGAAGAUGGCGAACUAAAGAUGGAGAGUGGGAUACGAAUAGCUUGGUUGUGUGCCAUCCUGAUUUUGCAAAUGGGAUACCGAUGGUAAGGAGUUACACUAAUGCAAGUAAUGAUCCGAAAAUCAUGGACGAGUUUCAGGAGCAAGUUUCAGAGGGGGAAUCAGAGUUGGGAAUUGAUGAAAUUAUUGAUGAUGAACAACCAUCGUAUGAUGAAUCUGCGGAUCUUGAAGAGGAGGCAUCAGAUGAAGCUAUUUUUGAGGAUACCCAAAAUGGUGGAGAUGAAGAUAACGCGGACGAGGAUGAUGCAGAUGAGGAUGAAUCUGAUGAAGAUGACGCAGGUGAAGAUGACGCUGAUGAAGAUGACGCUGAUGAAGAUGACGCUGAUGACGCAGAUGAAGAUGAUGCAGAUGAAGAACUUAGUAACAGUAAUCAAACAGGUGGAGGAAAAGGUGAUUUCAAUAAUGAAAAAGAGAAAGGUUUACAGACAUACGACACAUAUUUGGAAAUUGGGCCGACUAAAGGACAAGAAACUUCAGAUCUGGAAGAAGAGGUCGUUCAACGACGCUUUCGAAGAAAAAAACAACAGCCUAGUCUAACUAGAAAAUCUAGGCGGCUUCGAAGCAGCAACGUCGUCUCCAAUGGCGAUGUUUUAGGAAGGCGUCUCCGAACCAGGAGGAACUUGGGUAAUUAA